GGCGGGACCCACCCAGUCCGGCGUUCCUGUCUGCUCCCGCCCAGCCGCCCGCCCCGGACCCGCCGCCGCCAUGCCCAAGUGCCCCAAGUGCGCCAAGGAGGUGUACUUCGCUGAGCGGGUGACCUCCCUGGGGAAGGACUGGCACCGGCCUUGCCUGAAGUGUGAGAAAUGUGGAAAGACGCUGACCUCAGGGAGCCACGCCGAGCAUGAAGGCAAGCCCUAUUGCAACCACCCCUGCUAUGCGGCCAUGUUCGGGCCCAAAGGCUUUGGGCGGGGUGGAGCUGAGAGUCACACUUUCAAGUAAACCAGGCUGUGGAGACCCCAUCCCUGGCUGCCUGCCGGGCCGCUGCCCCUGGCCUUACCCCCAGGCUCCUGGGGCUCCCCUGUAGACCGUCCGGCCCUCAAUAAACCUGAACACUUGGAAGACC